CCGCCCCAUUGGCUUUUCAUCAGCAGUCACACACGACACACAAAUUCCACACAGAAAUUAAUUUUAAUUCCAAAAAAAAUUCCAAAUUUUCGGCUACAAUCUGAAUUCGCAGCAAUCCAAAACUAAAACCCCAGUGGACAUGUCCUGUUUCCGUGUAUUGGACGAGGAGGAUCGCCUGAUGUUAACUUCGUGGCUCAAGGAGCACAACAUCCAACUGAAUCAUCGCACCAGAAACGAGCUGCGCGAUGCCUUUCCGGUGGCGAAAAUCUUCAAGAAAAUCCAUCCCGAAUUGGUGGAUCUGCAGGUGUACACGCCCAGGUGCAGCAUGAAGCUAAUGCUGAACAAUUGGCAGAUAUUCAACGACAGGGUCCUGCGGAAACUCAAUCUCAGUCUGUCCCUGGCGGAGCUCAAGGAGCUGGCAGUGGGGCAGGCGUGCGCCAUAGAGGCGGUGCUCUAUAAGCUGAUGACCACCGAGUUCUCCUUGAAGCGGGGAGGGGGCAGGGGCAGGCUUAAUCUCGCCAAGCAAAAUCGCCACACAGACAUCGAGCCAUAGGCAGCUCAAUGGGCGAUGUGCUCCAAGUAAUAUAUUCCCCUUGGUUCUGGCUAGUGCUGGAGCGAUGGUAAAUCUCUGUUUUAGGCAGCAAAAGAAGGACUUGAGCAUAUUCCAUGGGGAUUGUAACAGAAAGAAAUUGACAGGGCAACUUUCCUUUCAAGGCAACAGCCUGAGCAGCAGGCUCGAAUUCUAUCCACAGAAAAUUGCCAACAAA